GUUUUCUGUAAUUAGCUUCCCUUUUUUUUUCCUUCCAGAAUAUUUUCUGAAUACAUCAUUCGUUAUUUAUGUUAACUCUGCGUCUAUAAUGUCUGGGACGGAAGGGCUCAGACUGCUGGUUACCGAGCGGCUAACGGCGGCUGCAGAGGAAAUCUUUGGACUGUUUGUGAAAACAAUCUCGGAGUAUCAAGUGGAAGUAAUACGCAGCAAGUCCGAAGUCACCCAGUUAAAACGACAGCUCGCGCAGCUGACCGUCCUAAAACCCACCGUCAAACUCAACAGAGCAGGGACCGAGACAGUCUGUCAGGAUCUGUUUCCUUCACAACAGAAAGUCCAGAUACCUGUUUUGAAGACUCAGCAGGAAAAUAUGACUUUUGAGCCUUUAAAGAUCAAAGAGGAGCAUGUGGAAGUCAGUGCGACGUUCAUCCCAGACCCUGAAGCCGACUCUGCUGAGGAUGUAAGAGCUGGUCUGAUACAGUCAGACUCAACUGAUCAGACUCACCACCAGUACUUUCCAGCAUUCAGCUCUGUAACUGUGACCCUGAACGACGAUCUCGAAGAAGAAUGUGAUGCAAGAGAUGAUUCAGGCUCGUCCUGUUCUGGUCAGAGGUCCAUCGACACAGAUGGUGAGGACAUUCAGGAGAACAAAAAUUGCCGUUUCUGCGGCGUGCAGUUCGAGCGGGACACGGACCUGAUCCGACACAUGAAUAACAGUCACAACGGGGAGAAGGCCUUUAAAUGUCCUAAAUGUGGUAAAGUGUUUGGUCGUAGGAACCACCUAACGGGUCAUUUCACGAUCCACACGGGCGAAAGGCCGCACGGGUGUCACUUAUGCGGAAUGUCAUUUCGCCAGCGUUCAGGUCUUAUUGCCCACCUGAGGAUACACACAGGAGAAAAACCUUACUAUUGCACCACCUGUGGCAAAAUGGUUGCCCGUAGCUACCAUCUCAUACAGUGCGCUAAAAUGACACUCAAAGGGGAGAAGUCGUUCCGCUGUGCAGUUUGUGGCAAAAUGUUUGUCACCGAGUCACACUUGAGGGUGCAUCUGAAGGCUCAUGAGAGCAGGAAGGCAUUCACCGAAGGGACGCUUUCCCUGGUGGGUCACACAGGCUUUCUGUCCGAAAACCAGUACGGCGUCAGCUCAGAGUAAAGACUCAUAAUACGCUUACAGAAAGUGGAAGAGGCAAUUUAGGAAUUUUCAGUCAGUUUCAGAACUUUUCUAGCAACUUUUCUUUUCUUAGCGUGGUAAGUCAGCUGCAUUCUGUCUGUACAGCAGUUUGUAUUAAUGAGCUGAACUAAAGGUGUGUCACCUGAUUAACGUGUGAAGUGCAGCUGUAACAUUGAGGUCUUGGAUGUGUUUGGGUAUGGGACUAUCGAUAUUGUCAUCUCUAAAAAACAAAACAAAAAAAAAAAAGAUCUAUAGUUUUGACUUCUGGCAUGAAACCCACAACAACUUAAAAAAUUGUACCUGAUGACAUUUAGUGUGUGUGUGUGUGUGUGUGUGUGUGUGUGUGGUGCAAGUGUGUUUACCCUCCCCACCUAGGAGAGCUGCUGUUCAUCCUGUGUGCUGUGUGAGUUUCUUUUUUUUCCCAGGUGAGCUUGUUACACAUGGCACCAUCUGAUUGGUUCAGCAAUUUAACUUUUAAAAGGAAGACUGAAACUCAAAUCAAGGGCUUUGCCUUCUUCCAGCUCCCAUCCUGAUGCUAUGUGCUGAUUUUGAAACCUAAUUUAUGUAAUUAUUGUAAAUCCUUGUUUUUUGGAAAGCAGUCCAUAUUUUGUCUUAGUGGGGGUGAGAAGCCAUUUUGUUUUGUUUUCUUUUGUUUUUACCUGAGGAGUUGUAGGUAAGACUAUUUUUAUGUUGUUUUAUUUGAAAUAGGUGGGAAGAAGAGCUGAGAGAUUGUUUUGUUUAUGUUGUCAUUUUUCGUACAGUGAAGCCUUUUUACUAUUUUGUGAAAGCAUAUUAAAGCUGUUAUAUUUUGGACUG